UUCAUAGGAACAAUGGAUAAAUUAAUGUAGAAUGGAGGUGGAUGCAAAUCUCAAUGUGAGGAAAGUUUUUAAUCGACACUCCUUCCCCCUGCUUCUAAUUAGUAAAGAAAAGAGGGGAAAAAGAAAGAGAUCUCUGAAAAAGCGACAUCCCAAAGGCGAAGCGAACGGGGGAAUUGCUAGGUCAAAGUAAUUCGUGGCAGUUAAAUGGAAACGUGGACAUCAACAGCUACAGCCACGUGGAACCUUAGAAACUGUUUUAAAAUCUUCUUCACUGGUAAGCUCUUCUUUCUGAUUGAUUAAGAACAAAAUAUGUAUAGAACGGCGGCGAGGCGGCUUCUCUUCGGUGUAACCACCGGUAAGUAUAUCAACACUCGUCACAGAUUCAUUAACCUCCAGACGAUCGGUACUGGCAAUCGAUUUUUCACCUCGGUAGAUAAUCCUCAAUCAUCCUCUAAUCGAAAUCCUAAUUAUCAAAAUCAAAACCAAAACCGUAGCCUGAAUGUUGACCCCGCUCCUAAUCAACCAGAUUUGAGUGCAUCAUCGUCAACAUCAUCAACGGCUUCGGAGGAUACACGUCAUGACCAUCACUACCACCGUGAAAAUCGGAGACCUAGAGUUGAUUAUCAAGACGAGCAAGUGCGUGUACUUGAGGCUUCUCUUCGGCACGUGUUAAGGUUUGGUUGGAGUGAAGAAGCUAUGAUUGCUGGAGCAAGAGAUGCUGGUGUUUCACCUGCAAUUGUUGGUUCUUUCCCUCGAAAGGAAGCCGCCUUAGUUGAGUUUUUCAUGGAUGACUGUUUUCAAAAGCUUAUCAAUAGAGUAGACUCUGGAGAAGAGUUGCAAAACUUGGUACCUAGUGAGCGUGUCGCGAAGCUUGUCAGGAUUCGUCUAGAAAUGCAAGCUCCCUACAUAUCCAAAUGGCCCCAAGCACUGAGCAUCCAAGCACAUCCAUCAAAUCUUCCAACAAGUUUUAAGCAGCGGGCAAUGCUGCUGGAUGAGAUCUGGCAUGCUGCUGGUGCUGAGGGCUCUGAUAUCGAUUGGUAUGUGAAGCGCACUGUAUUGGGAGGAAUAUACUCAACAACUGAGGUUUAUAUGCUGACUGAUAGUUCCCCAGAUUUUCGUGAUACAUGGGCAUUUUUGGAUAAUAGAGUUAAAGAUGCCUUUGAUUUCAAGAAGACAAUCCAAGAGGCGAAGUACUUUGCUGAAGCUGUUGGCGCUGGUAUGGGAAACUCUGUACAAGGGUUUAUGAAGAAAGUUUUCCAGGGAUGAAUCUCUGUUUCAGUGGCUACCAUUUGUAGUCCCAUGUUAGAAAAUUUCCCUCCUGCGUCACUGAAGGACCAAAAUUGAGAGUAGGUCCCUUUAUUUUGGAAUACUUUCUUCAUGGUGUUGCAAAUGUUAUUUAAGGCUUGGAAACUCGAGUCACGAAAAGUUCUGCAAUGCUCUGCACUAAUGCUAAAAAUAAUACCACUUGGCAAAUUACUUGGCUCGUUAUCAUA